CCAACUCCCGACGUAUAAAUCGACGGGACGACACCACGCUCUCGUCACCUCUCUGACUCUCAACACAACACAACCCAAGGCCAUCUCUCUUCUUUCUUCCUUCCUCCUCCAAACCAAACAAGGCAAGAAACCAUCGAUGGCAAGCCAGGACGCCGCGCCCCAAUGCCGGCCGGGCAGCAGAGCGGCCACCGACAGCUCCGCCUCCGUGUCUGCCGAGGAAUUUGAGUUCUGUGUGCUGCCGUCCGGCGGUCUCGCCCUCUCCGGCGGGGAGGAGGAUGCCAUGUGCUUCGCCGACGAGGUCUUCUCCGACGGCAAGCUCCUCCCGCUCAGACUGUCGUCGGCGAACUCCGUCGACGCCGCCGCGCUCCGGCUGAUUCGCUCCGACUCGCUGGACGGUGCCACGACGGCGUCGUCCGCCAGCGGCUUCAGCUGGCGCUCCGACAGCCGGAGCGCGAGCUCCAGCAGCAGCAACAGCUGCUGCGUCAGCCGAAGCACCUCGCAGAAGAGCGCGUCCUCCGACUGCGCCGGCCGAAGCAGCCAGCCGUCCAAGACCGCCACGUCGGACGCCCGGCGGCGGCCGCUGCCGAGCAGCCUGUUCUACGCGCACCCGAGCCCGUCGCCGCGUCCUUCGCAGCGCUGGACCGGCGGCUCGGCUGCCCCCGCGCCUGGGCCGGCGGCGGCGCGGCGGAGCACCGGGUCCGCGCCACCGGCCUCGUGGGGCCUCUUACGCCUGGGCGUCGUCGGCGCCCCCGACGUCUACCGGCCGCGCCCCGCCGCCGCGAGAGGAGGUAGCCGCAGCGCAAGGUUCGAGCAGCCGAGCUCCGCCGCUAAGGAUACGGUGGCACUGGACAAGAAGCUCCCGUUGGGCUUCCUGGGCACCGGCCUUGUGUGCAACUGCUCUCCGGACGCCGUCGAGCCUGUCGGCUCGGCGGAGGUGGCCGCGGCGGCGAGGAGGCGGAGGAGGAUGGCAGAAGAGAAGAACACGAGAAAGGUGAAGAAUGGACAGAGCACUGUUCGUCGGAGUAGGAUCCUUGAGUGGUUGGAGGAUCUCUCCAUUUCCAAGGAUAAAAAUGCUGCUUAGAGACAAUAAUUUCAUAUUUGCUUAAUCCUUUUUUAUUUGUGUUCAUUCGUUAACUUUAUUUUUUAUGGUUACUAUUGUAAAAUUAUUUCUUCUGACCAUUCAUGUGGUUGUAGAUCAAUGAACAAAG